AUGUCGAACCGUGAUGACCACCUCGCCUAUGGCAAUUAUUACGGCAAGGAGUCAAGUCGAGGCGGAGGAGGUGACAGCGCCAGAGGUUUCGUCGGCGAUACCUUCAAAUUGCUGAAGGACACGUACAAGAGCCAUCACUCUCGGCCGCAGGGAGAAAACGCACCCCAAGGCCAGAAUGCCGGUCAGGCAUCUUACGGUUCUCAGGGUUCCCAACCGCCGUCGCAGUCGCAGCCCCAGUCGCAGAGCUACCAGCCGCAGAACUACGGCCAGUCGCAGAACUAUCCGCCCCAGCAGGGCGCUUCGCAGACCUUCGCCCAGUCCGGCCCGAAUCCGAACUACCAAGAUCCGCAGUAUCAGGAUCCGCAGCACCAGGGAAAACCCGGUAGGCAGGGCAAGCAGGAUAAGGUUCAUGGAUUACUGGGUAAGCUGCAGGGGACCGUGGCCGGCCUCGGUAAUGACGUUGCCCAGCGUCUGGGAACUGCCCUGGACCCGCAGGCUUAUGCGGAGUAUGGACAUGCGCAGCCGCAGACUCAACACAGAUUCGGUAGCUUUGCGCCGGACCGGCAGGGAAAUGACGUCAAGUGGUAUGUUGACGGCUGCUCCUAUUUCUGGGCGGUGUCCCAGGCGCUGGAAAGCGCUCGGGAGUCGAUUUGGAUUUUGGAUUGGUGGCUGUCGCCAGAGCUGUAUCUAAGACGUCCCCCGGCCAAGAAUGAGCAGUACCGACUGGAUCGGAUGCUGCACGCUGCUGCGCAGCGUGGCGUGCGGGUGAAUAUUAUCGUCUACAAGGAGGUCACUCAGGCAUUGACUCUCUCCUCUGCCCACACCAAGCACCAUCUCCAGGAUCUUCACCCCAAUAUUGCCGUCUUCCGCCAUCCCGAUCACCUGCCCGACAAGCAGGAAGUUACUGCCUCCAUCACCGAGACGCUUCAAAACUUCUCUUUGGAUGCCAAGAAUCUCGUCAAGAUGUCCGGCGACACGAUCAAGGGCAUCUACGGCAUGAAUGAGGAUGUCAUCCUCUAUUGGGCUCACCACGAGAAACUCUGUUUGAUUGACGGCCGGACCGCAUUCAUGGGUGGCCUCGAUCUGUGCUUUGGACGGUGGGAUACCAACCAGCAUGCGCUUACCGACGUGCACCCCGAGAACCUGGAUGAAAUUGUGUUCCCCGGUCAGGACUACAAUAACGCUCGCGUUCUGGACUUCCAGGAUGUCCCUAACUGGGAGAAGAACCAGCUGGAUCGGAAGAACGCUUCCCGCAUGGGCUGGUCCGAUGUGUCUGUCAGCUUGCACGGUCACGUCGUCGAGGAUCUGCGUCGUCACUUCGUGGAGCGCUGGAACUUCAUCUAUGAUUCGAAGUACGAGAUCCGCAAGGAUUCCAGAUACUCCCGGCUGGCCCUGUACGGUCGCCCGAGCUCCUCUCAGCGUCCUCACAGCGCUCAGCAACCGGGACAGCAGCAACAGCACCAAUCGCAGCAGCAGCAGCCGACUCAGCCGCCUCAGCCGCAGUACCAGCAGCAAAAGCCUGCUCAAAACCAGCCCAGCGCUCAGCAAACAGGGAUCCAGCAGCCCGUAUCCCCGCAGCCUGGUGGAGGACUUUCCAUGGUCCCCCCUGCCCCUCCAAUGUCAAGCAAGCCAAACGCAUCCAGCUACCAGUCAUCUGCCGCACAGUCGCCCUCUCCCGGCGCUCCUCCACCUUACACUUACACCGGAGACUUCUUUCCGCCGCCGCCUCCGGGACCCCCGCCUAGCCAGGGUCAAGCGCAGGCGCAGGCGCAAACUCCGUCCCAGAGUCAAUCACAAACGCCUUAUUUCCCGCUUCCUCCUACCCAGGGCGGACAGCCGCAAGCCCAGGGCCAGGCUCAGUCGCCAAGCCAAGGCCAGUCUUAUUACGCGCCCCCUCCGCAGGGAACACAGGAGUUGCCUACCCAAACUCGGGGUGUGCAUGAUUACUAUGAAGGCACUCGGGGUCAUGGAGACCAGGAACGCGGAUUUGCGCCUCAGCGCUUCCGCGAGGAGCUGACUCAGUAUGGAAACGUUCUGCGUGGACAGCUCGCCGGUCAGAUCCAUCAAUACCAAGAUCGCUUCGGUUCCUCCGUUGCUGGGCCCAACACUCAGCCCCGAGGAAACAUGAACUGCCAGAUUGUCCGCAGUUGCUCCAAGUGGAGUAACGGUACUCCAACCGAGCACUCCAUCGCCGAUGCCUACGCUGCGAUUAUCCGCAACAGUGAGCAUUUCGUCUACAUCGAGAACCAAUUUUUCAUCACUGCCACUGGUGACUCCCAGAAGCCCGUCCAGAACAAGAUCGGCGCUGCCAUCGUCGAGCGUAUUCUGCGUGCAGCCAAAUCUGGUCAAAAGUACAAGGUUAUUGUGGUCAUCCCGUCGGUGCCCUGUUUCGCUGGUGACCUAGCCGACGACUCUACCCUCGGAACCCGUGCCAUAAUGGAAUUCCAGUACAACUCGAUCAACCGCGGAGGAAACAGUAUCAUGGAGCUGAUUGCCAAUGAGGGUCACAACCCCAUGGACUACAUCCGCUUCUAUAACCUGCGCAACUACGAUCGGAUCAACCUCAGCGGGCCCUUGGCUCAGGCUGAGCAGCGCAGCGGCGUCAACUACGAGGACGCUCGCAAGCAGUAUGAUGUGAACGUUGGUGGUCAGGGCGGUUACGGCCCCGGGGCUCCUCGGGCUGCAUUCGACCCCAGCGCUCCCUUCCAGCAGUACCAACAGGCUGCUCGCGAUAUUGGCGGUGCCAAGUCCGGCUCUGGUCGGUGGGAUAGUGUCAGCGAGUGCUACAUGCUCCAUGGCCCCGACCUCCGCAACGUGCCCUGGGACGGCCCCGCCGAGGCUGAGAUUGACGCUUUUGUGACUGAAGAACUCUAUGUUCACUCGAAGGUCAUGGUUGCCGACGAUCGUGUGGCAGUCUGUGGAUCGGCCAAUUUGAACGACCGAUCCCAGCUGGGAGACCAUGACUCCGAAAUCGCCAUUAUUGUUGAGGACUACACCCCGGUGCAGUCUACCAUGAACGGCAAGCCCUUCACUGCCAGUCGUUUCGCGAGCUCGCUGCGUCGACAGCUUUUCCGCAAGCAUCUUGGUCUUCUUCCGCCGCAGGACUACCAGAAGCACCAUGCCAACUUCGAGCCCAUUGGCGUGCCCAACCAGUUCGACUUUGAGGCCGCGGAGAGCCAGCUCGUGGCUGACCCCCUGGCGGAUACUCUUCAGAGCCUCUGGAACACGCGGGCGCGGACCAACACUGAGUCCUUCCGCAAGGUGUUCCACUCCGUGCCGGACGACAGCGUGCGCGACUGGGCGACGUACAAGGAGUUCUAUGGAUAUUAUUUCAACAAGGCUGACAAGCAGGCCUACGGUGAAGAGAAGGACUCUCCUCCCUCUCGGUACCAAUAUGGCCAUGUCGUCCGCGACGACUUCCCGCCUGGCCCUGAGGGAGUGAAGCAGGUGAAGGAAUUGCUCAGCCAGGUCAAGGGCACGUUGGUGGAGAUGCCGCUGAUGUUCCUGGUCGAGGAGGACGUUGCGAAGGAGGGAUUGGCGCUUAACGACUUGACGGAGCCCAUCUAUACCUGA